UCAUCUCUUGAUUCGCAAAAUAAUCAUCGAGCCAUAUAACAUAUUCAUUUAUAUAUAUAUGUAUGAUAUUUUUAUACAAUGUCCGAAGAAGAAGACAAAAAUACAUUAAAUGACGUCGACAAUGCUGUGGCUAAUCCACCGAGUAAUGAAGGUGAUAAUGACAGUCAACCAGAUAGUUUAUUAGUAAACGGUAAUGAGAAUACUCCCCCGUGUCAAUUGGAUAUUGGUCUUGGUACUCAUACGGAUAGCAGACGUCAUGACAGUAAUUUGAAUGCAAAUGACUCUGGAGACGCCACUGCUUGCAGUAUCAAGCGUGAAGAUAAUCUUUUAUCUUUUAGACAUUUUUUAUGCAACAAUGGACACAAUCAAACAUCAAAACCAAAAGUCGAAGUUGUACCUAGUGUGUCACAACCAGUGAGGCCAUUAACAGAGACAUCAACCUUACCAGACUUUGUUCAAGAUCACAUGACUACUGAUCAACCUUAUGACAGUGGUGAUCUGGAUUCACGGUCAAAUAGUAUUGAUUUGACACGUGGGAUAAAUCGGCCAUCUAUGUUCGGCAACCGUAGUAACCGUACACCUCAGCAAUGUGUGGUUAUGCCACUAGAUCUUCCAUUCACCAACACAACAACACAACCCCGUGCUACCACACCUACAACUACUAACAGUUUGCCUGAUUUUUUGUCUGAUGGCCCUAUUGGCGUUCCAGUUGUUCAUCCAGUCACUCGGAAUGAACAGUURACUGAUCGAAACCGUAUAAGCAUUACCAUUAAUCCUCAACGUGGUACUACACCAAUUAACCAGAAUUAUACGAGGUUUCAAAGACACAGUGAAGUAGUUGAUGCUAGAGUGGCUAGGCUAGAAGCAACAGAACAAGACUUAAGAACAACUAUAUUGAAUUUAAAUAAUAUGUUACAACAAACACUGCUAAGGGCUCAAAGAGCUGAAGAUCAAGUGAGAUCUUUGAGAACUUUAUUGAGGGCUAGAGAACAAGGUCUUAAUUCUGGGAAUUUAUCAACGAUUCCAUCGAAUAUAUCAGUUGCUGAACAGAUACGUCAUGGUACACGAAACGCUGAGAUAAUGCUUAAUUUGUUGAGGGAUAACUAUCAGGACUUGAACAAUGUGGCAGCACGCCUCGAGCAACAAGAUACCAUUCAGACUUCCAAUACUCAAUUGUCAGUUGACCCAAGUGAUACAACUGAUAAUAAUGUUACAUAACAUUCCUGUUAUACAAUUAUAUUAGUUGUACACAUAUAUUACUGGAAAUUAUUUAUUCAUUAUGUUUUAUAAUUACUUGUUUACAUUUUGUGCAGAUUUAUUGCCAAGACUGGACCUCAAUUGUUUUGUUUUCUAUAUAAUGAUUAUUAUUAUUAUUAUUAUUAUUAUUAUUA